GUCUACUAGUGUCGAAGAAACAAAGCUUAUUAUCAGAGAGAAGCAGCGUUGCCGGAAAAUGGCUUGCCUCAAUGCCCGACGAUCUCUAUCCACCCUUUUAAGCCGCGCCCUCACUGCUUCUUCUUCUUCUUCCUUUCCUUCCCGUUCUCGCCUCACUGUUGCACUCCUCAACAAAACCCCAGUUUUUAUCCCCGAAGCAACCAAAAUCCUGACCCGAACCAAGACAUCCGGGUCCGGCUACUCGCCUUUGAACGACCCAUCUCCUAACAGUAGUAGCCCACGACCAUCGGUUCUCCUAGAUGACAGUUCUUAUGAGCAUUGGCUUAUCAUUUUGGAAUUCCCAGAACGCCCGAAACCUUUGGAAGAAGAAAUGAUCGAUGCCUAUGUUAAAACCCUCGCUUCUGUUGUCGGCAGUGAAGAGGAAGCGAAAAAGAGAAUAUACUCUAUUUGUACAACGAGGUAUACUGGUUUUCGUGCUUUUUUCUCUGAGGAUUUGAUUGAUGAACUUAGAGAGUUACCUCGUGUACGCUGGGUUUUACCAGUUCGGCAUUGUAGCCAAGAUCAUUAUUAUGCAGAGGAUUUUUUUGUUGAUGGCAAAGUCCUUCAUAGACCGCAAUUUCCAUGGGUUGGCGUUCCAAAUAGCAGCCACAGAGUUGGAGGAUGUGGUGAUCAUGAGCUUUGGCUUAUCACUUUUGAAUUCCGGGAAGAACCUUCUUUUGAAGAAAAGAUUGAUUUCUAUGUUAAAACCCUCGCUUCUAUUGUCGGCAGUGAAGAGGAAGCGAAAAGAAGAAUAUACGCUGUAGGUGGUAGACUAACGAGGUAUACUGGGUUUCGUGCUGUUAUGUCUGAGGAGAUGGCUUAUGAACUUGAAGGGUUACCUCUUGUAGAAGGCGUUUAUCGGGAUUCAGAGGUCGAAUAUGAUGAAGAUUUUGAAGGAGGCAUUUGCUUGUUGAUGGAAAAAUUGUUCUUAGACCAACCUCUUGUAGCACGAAACGACUAGAGGGGGGGAAACUGCCGGGAUUAUUACAUUUCCUGCAAGAGCAGAUCCUUGACGUUAUUUAUUGGGAAGAAUCCAAAAGCAACGGCGGUGGCAAAAACUGAUCUCGUGCAGGAUGACAUCUUUUCCGAUAUUUAUAUUCGUAAUUUGGUGGAUUCAUAGAUCUCAUUAUUUAUUUUUUAAUUUUAAAAAUAUUUUAUUUAUAUAAUGAUUGAUAAUUAUUUGAAUUAUUAACUCGUGUUAUUUAGGUCAACAGAAGCCUUAAUCACCAUUCCUAAUAAAUAUUAACUUUAUUUA